GUGAAGUUGUUCUGUGGGCUGAUGGUGACUAGUCUUUGUUUUCCAUCCUUCCUAGAAAUUAAGAAGCCACCGGUGGCCCCCAAACCAAAAUUUGUGGUAGGACACAAGGUGACGCCUCCACCUGUUGCACCGAAGCCCGACGUUGUGCUUUCUGGUGUUAUACAAGCAGCAAGGAAAACCAAGCCAGCAAUUGCACCGAAACCAAAGGUUCUCAAGAGCUCAUCCGUUCCGGAUGUUAAACCUCCAUCGUCUACAAGAAAAAGCACAAAAAGCUUUGAGGAGCCCAGGGGAGAUUCUUCUCAAACACUAGACCACUUGAACUAUAGAAAUGAAGCCUCGGAAGGUAGUACUGAUAACACAGCAUAUAUUCUACCAAUGUCAUCUUGCAAAUUUGAAUGCCUUCAUAAGCUUGGAAAUGGGGAGAACACCUGUAAAACUCAGAUAAUUUUCAAGCACUUUGAAAACUUAGAGAACAUCAAAGUCGGUGAAAAAAACGCGCUAGCUCUGGGGGAUAGUCACAGUGAAAAGCUGGCAAAUAGAAAUCAGGUGGUUUUGAAAGCCAGCAUUUUGGAAGAGAAACUUAAGGACGUUCUAACUCAUAGUGUGUUUCCUAACAGCAGUCCUGUGAGGCACAGGUAUGCAGACAAACUUGACAAAGGGGAUGGCAGCAGUUCCAAGAAUGACCUUAGAAUAGAGUUUAUGGAACUUGUGCAGUCUUCGUUGUCUUCUGAGGUAGCUAAAGGGAAGCAACAAAAUACUGACGGUAAGCUCACUGCUGAUGAGUUUCAGAUGUCUGAAAUUUGUCCUAGUUUGACUGAAAAUAACCACAGUUGCUCUUCCUCAUUGGACCAGGAAAUCCUGGAAAAUGAAAAUUUAAGUAGCAAUAGUAUGUUUUCAGGUGAAAUGGGUAUGAAAGCAGAUGCUGAUAAAAUCUCCUCUGAAACAUCUUCAGUCCUAAGCUCAAAAGUGCUUCCUGUCCCUAAGCCAAGAAAGCCACGUGCUGCAUGUCUAGUCCGUCAGGAUGGCAUAGACACCACAGGAGAAGGAACAAAGGAACCAUCUAAAUCAGAGAAAGGUUCCUUUGGGAUUGCGGAACAAAGCUUUAAAAAGCAAGCAAAAAUUAAUAUCCUUGGUCAAAGUGUUUGUUAUAAUAAUAAUACAGAAGUGCUUCAUCCUGAAAAAUGUCAGAUAACUCAAAGCAAUGCAGACAAAAUGCAUCAGGUGAAGGAACCUGCUAUGGAAGAGUCAAGUUCACAAAAUCUUUUGCCUCAGUUGUCACACAAAACUUCUGAUUUGGUGGAAAGUGUUGAAUGUUCUUUAGAUGCAGACUGUAACUUGGUUAACUCCAUGGAUGAGAUGACAGAUGAUACCAGUGUGCUAGAUUCUGUGGACAAAAGGACUAACUUUGUCAGGUGUGAUACUUUGUCCAUGAGUUUGCCAAAGCAACUCAAAUUAACUAGCAGUCAGCACUCACCUGCUUCCAAUAACCUCCAUGUUUCCCCAAAAAAAUUGGAAGAUAAAGAAGUUAAAAUAAAGGAUGAAAGUUCUCCAAAAAUUGUUCCUAAGAAACCACAGAGGCACAGCCUACCAGCUGCUGGCCUGCUGAAAAAAGCUGCAUCAGCAGAGCUUGUGGAGAAGAGUUCUUAUGCCUCCAGUGAGGACAAAUCAAACAGCGUUCUGGAAGGAUCUCACUUCACAUGUCCACCAGCCAAGGAGCAAGGCGUGGUGUCAUCCUGUGACAUACCCAAACGUUCUUCUGAGAAGCCCGUCUGGAAGUUACCUCAUCCUAUUCUUCCAUUUUCAGGAAAUUCUGAAUCAUUAAAAACUGCUAACAUUGCUACCAGCUUCAACCACUUGGCUGUUGUGACAAAGCCUAGGGCCAAAUCUCUCUCUUCUGUGGACAUGGAAAGGACAGACAAGCCUUGCAAAGACCAUCAGAAGAAAAAUAGCUUGAAAAAGUUUCUCAACAUGAAACUGUCGGUUUGCUUAAUGAAAAGCGACUUCCAAAAAUUUCUGUCUAAAGGCAGCCAGUCAACGGAUAGUGCUAUUGCCAACCUUUCCACCGGGGACGGGUAUGGAAGUGGCAGCAACCGGAAUAUAGCGUAUGUAGGCAGUGAAAGGAAAGCUAAAUCUGCCAAGGUGCAUUCUAUAGAAAUAAGUAGUCCGGCGUUACAGAAGAAGAGGCAGAGAAACAGAAGUCAGCCUGAGAUGCGAAGUAACCAAAGGCUGGAGUCUUUAGAUGGGCAUGUACUUUCAGGAGAGAAUUUGUCACAAAUGCAUUUGAAUUCUGUAACCAGCGCUUGUGCUCCGGAGUACGAGAAUGUGCGUCACUAUGAGGAAAUACCCGAGUAUGAGAACUUGCCUUUUGCUAUGGGUGCUGGGAGAAGUCUCUGUUUUGAAUGGCAGAACUCCAGCAGCGUGGAAGACCCUGGAUUCUACGAGGUUGAGGAGCCUUGCGAAGUUACAAACAGGCGUUUGAGACUUGGCAGGUCCUUAGAAGAACACCAUGAUCAUCCUAACGUGGUAAUGGGAGAUCUUCAGUCAGAUGAAGAAGAUAUCAUGAACAGUUCUGAUGAAGAUGAUGACACAAAUUCUGAUUCCAGCAAAGGAGAGACUGAUCCUCAAGAAGAUAAACAGGCAGCUGGAAAGAAAACAAAGGUUUACCAUAUUGCCAAGGAGAUCAUGAGCUCAGAGAAAGUGUUUGUGGAUGUGCUAAAGCUCUUACACAUUGAUUUCCGGGACGCUGUGGCGCAUGCCUCUAGGCAGCUUGGAAAGCCAGUGAUUGAGGACAGAAUCCUGAAUCAGAUCCUGUACUACCUACCUCAGCUGUACGAACUCAAUCGGGACCUCCUGAGGGAACUGGAGGAGCGGUUAUCUCACUGGCUUGAACAUCAAAGAAUUGCUGAUAUAUUUGUUAAAAAGGGUCCCUACUUAAAGAUGUAUUCAACUUACAUCAAAGAAUUUGAUAAAAAUGUUGCACUAUUAGAUGAACAGUGUAAGAAGAAUGCAGGUUUUGCUUCAGUAGUCAAAGACUUUGAGAUGAGCCCCCGCUGUGCUAGUCUGGCCCUCAAGCACUAUCUGCUCAAGCCAGUUCAGAGGAUUCCCCAGUACAGGCUCCUGUUGACAGAUUAUUUAAAGAAUCUUUUAGAAGAAUCUGCAGACUAUAGGGAUACUCAAGAUGCUCUAGCUGUUGUCAUAGAAGUUGCAAACCAUGCCAAUGACAUCAUGAAGCAGGGAGACAACUUUCAGAAACUCAUGCAGAUUCAGUACAGUUUAAACGGACACCAUGAGAUUGUACAGCCAGGAAGGGUCUUUCUGAAAGAGGGAACACUGAUGAAGCUGUCCCGGAAGGUCAUGCAGCCACGAAUGUUUUUUCUG